CCCACAGUGAAUUGGCGCCAAUUAUUCAUUUCAUGUAAACCAAGUUAGAUAUGUUCUCGCUCAUAAAAUGAGUUUCCUUGAGCAAAUUCUAGAGUAAGAGCCUGAGCGUUAAUCGAUGGUCAUAGUUUAAAAGCUGAACACGAAAAUGCAAGAUGGUCUGCAAAAAACUACUUGCCAACUUAAUUCGCAAGAAGCCGAGCGAAGCAUGGGUCCCAGAAAUUCCACUGAAAAGAUGCCUGACAGCCAUAGACCUCACCUCACUAGGUGUUGGCACAACAGUCGGCACUGGCCUGUAUGUGGCCAUUGGGGAGCUAGCUCGGUCUGUCGCUGGUCCUUCAGUCGUCCUCUCUCUCCUCCUGGCCUCCAGUGCCGCAUUUUUGUGCGCCCUUUCAUUCGCUGAAUAUGGUAGCCGUUUUCCCGAUGCUGGAUCUUCAUAUCUGUACACUUAUGCCACUCUCGGUGAAAUAUCUGCGUUUAUUGUUGGCUGGAAUGUUGCUCUGGAGUUUUUAAUCACUGGAGCCAGUCUUGCACGAACUUGCAGAAGAUUUAUAGAUUCUGCUUCUAACGGACAGGUGUUCCUCUUCUUAUCAAAACAUUUUUCAAAAUACUGGAUUAUUCCCGGGGAGGAACCCUUUCCAGAUCUGCUGGCAGCUGCAUUAGUACUCGCAGUAAUGGCUAUUUUGUGUUUGGGAGCUCGUACCUCCACAAAUUUCCACAAUUUAGUGACAAUCAUAAACUUAGGUUUUAUCCUCUUUAUAAUUGUUUUCGGAUUCUUCUUCGUAGAUUUAAAUCAUUGGAAAAACAAUUUCAUGCCUUAUGGCGUCUCAGGUGUACUAGAAGGUGCAGCAGGGGCUUUCUUUGCCUUCUCCGGAUUCGAUAUCGUCGCGGAGGCCGCUGAGGAAGCGGUAGAUCCUGAGAAAAACCUCCCCAAGUCAUUCUUCAUCACCAUCAUACUCAGUACGUUGGCGUAUAUAAGUGUAGCCUCAGUACUCACUCUAAUGGUACCCUAUUAUGAAUUAGAUAAGUAUGCACCAUUGGCAGAGGCCUUCGGGCGCAAGACCUUUUCUGGUGCUAUGUAUAUUAUAGUGAGCGGAGGUAUCUGUGCCACUGUCAGUGCAUUACUCUGUGCAGUCUAUUCUACUUCAAGAAUUGUUUAUUCCAUGUCAGUGGAUGGGCUGUUGUUCAGAUGGUUUUCCAAGGUGCAUAGCACAACCCAGGUACCGUACAGAGCUACUUUGGUAUCUGGUAUCAUCACAGCUUUGAUAGCACUCAUGUUUGACGUAAAUCAAAUGGUGGAACUCCUUUCAAUUGGAACAUUAGUGGCUUACACGAAAGUUACCAUCUCUGUUCUUGUGAGCCGCUUCCAGUCUGGAGUACAAAGUGUUCCUGAAAAUUAUGAAGGAAAUACCGGCAUAACUCAGUGGCUUCACAACAUUUUCUCCAAGGCUAAAAGGACGCAAAAAGAUCAAUCAAGCGGCACAGCAUACCAGCAAAUAACAGAUGAGGAAGACUCAUGCAGUCGUCCGCCAACUCCCCGUGCUGAGGUCACUGAAGCAACAACAUUUCGUGCAGAAGUGGCUGUAUUUUUCCUUGUGAUUUCUUUAGCAGCGUUGGCUGUGAUAUUAAGCUAUUCAUUUCAACACGUGUUCUUAAAAGGUGAAUGGUGGGCAAUCUUUCUCCUUACUCUGUUCUCAGGAGCAGUUAUCGUUCAACUUUUUGUCAUUCAGCUUCAACCAAGGAACUCUGCGACGUUUCCUUUCAUGGUUCCUGGCGUUCCCUACAUUUCAGCAUUAACCAUCUUCAUCAACGCUGUGUUAAUGGCAAAUCUUCAAUGGGGGACCUAUGUUCGCUUUGGCGUUUGGAUGAUGUUAGGUUUCAUCAUCUACUUAUUUUAUGGAUAUCGGCAUAGCACAGAAGCACUGAAACCAGUCGUCAAGGAAAUAUAUGAUGUAACAUUAGAAACUCCAGAGGUCGAACAAAAGAUGACAAAACCUCAACCUCCGUAAUGAGCAUGACUUCAGUAGAUACUUUGCAAUCGCAGAUGCAACGUGUUUCUUCUCCCGAAUGCGUGGCUUCCUAGAGUAUAAAUUAUGAUUUUCCAUACGUUACUCUUCUAUGUACCAUAGUCUACAUAAUUGUAACGUGUUUAAAUUUGGCUCAGUGACCCAUGAAUGUUCUAUCUAGUAUAAUUUUGAGAGCUGCCAAAUGUAGGUUUGAUGAGACUAAGAAAACAAGGUUCGAAAAGUGGAAUGACGCUUUUUAACUCCACCUUCGAGCAUCUAAGAUGGUUUAGGAGGACAAAAAGGGUCGCUUUGGAUUUUGUGUCCUUUAAGUUCAGAAUCAAAGUUGAAGCUCGGGGCUCUUUCUUGUUCCCCCACAAAAUCUUGUAUUCUAAUAGGCCUUGACGAUUUUUCCCCUUUUGAUCGGGCUAAAUUUACUUGAAGACAUCUUACCAUAAGGUUUUCAAAAUGGACAAGCAUCAAAACUGAUAUUUUGUCUACGAGAGGACUGUUUUUAAUUCUCAGUGUAGUAAUACACAUCUGCUCUUUAUCAAUAUAUCAGUAAUCAAACCAUCAGAAUAACUGCGGCAUGUCUGCAAAUUGUCUGUAAUUCUGGUGGUCGCUGGUCUUCUCGAAGAAUAUGCUAAGGAAUGAAGAGCCUUUGAUGUUCAAACUCUGUACCUGAACUUUAAUACUUUCGCAGAAUUUUGUUUGUGAAAGUAAGUUUUUAAAAUAAUUUUACUAGAGUUUCGUCCGACCGAUGCAAACCAGAGUUCUUCAAGGAGUUUUUCUCAAUCAAAAAUAUCGUUGACCAUGUUCUAUCAAAACCAUAUCUUAGAGAAUACGCUGCUUACUGCAAUCCGGGGAUAGGAAACUGUGGAAUUGGUACAACUGAAAUAUUUUUGCAAAGAGUGUCUAUGUCUGAAAGAUGUUGAUGAAGCAUUAUUUCACACGGUGUCAAAAGCCUCAUUCAAAAACUUGAUUUACUCAGACAUUCGAAAAAUUAUAGGUAUUAAUUAAUGCAAACCGUAAUUCAGAAACAAGCCAACUGGAAGCUAGUCAUUAUGAUGGUUCGUACUAAACACAGAAUGGCACUUUUAGUUUGGCGAUAACAUUUAAGUUAAGUAGGAUGAGUUUCUAAUGAAACCAUGGCGCUGAAUCGGUGGGGGUAUCACAAAAUAACAAAAUUUUCCAACUUUUCGAAAGAAUGGACAAUUCUGAGACGAUGCUAAAAAGUGUAAGUAAUAAGCGCAGAUUCAUUUUUGUCAAAGCCGCUGACAAACGCGACGCAGUGAUUAUUUGGCGGGCUGACCUCUAAAAAAGAAGCUUUGCAGCAACUUUCUGCCGACACCUCUUCUAAUGAAAAAAAGAGGAUCAAACUCUCAUUUCCGUCAUCCAAAACACUGCCAACAAAUGAAUGAAAGGGGUACAUUUCUGAAGAAACUGAGGUGUUCUG